CUGAUAUGCAUUAUAGGUACUAUUAUCUAACGUUAAAUAAAUUCAAUCUUACCGAACACCAAACUGUACACUACGGUGACACGUGCGACAUUUGACACGGUGAUUAGAUUAAUUUAUUUUUUAUCUCAUUGACCGACGGGGAUGACAUGAUGUUACACAAGCAUCUCGCGAUUGGUCGGCGCGAUCGAAAGGUAUGGAUAUCCCGGAUUCAGUUAUCGUGUAAACCGUAGACGUUUAUACGGAAGCUAUUUCAACGCGUCGCAUCGCGCUCCUUACCCAGUUCUGUUCAAAUCGAUCCGUGCGGAGAUCCACAAUGAAUUCGUCCGUCGAAAAGUGUCACAUGUUCCACGAAUCGGCGGUGGAUUUGCUCACGUCUAUAGAUUUCUGUGAAUCCACACUCAAGACGUCAAUAUUCUUCGUAGCGUUCAAUCCGAUAUUUUGGAACAUCAUCUCCCGCUUGGAAUAUUACACCCAUUUCUUGACGAAAUUGACGAGGAACCCGAGAACCGGCUGUUACGUAUUGGCUGUCACCAUCUUCAGUUUGGGACUAGUGAGGAAUUAUUUCUUUGAGCAAGCUCUGUACAAGCAAGGGGUAACCGGAGUACUGCAAAACGAGGUUGCCAAAGUUUUGGGAGUGGCACUCAUAAUUAUUGGACAAGUCCUGGUCCUUACAUCUAUGUACCAAUUGGGCAUUAUUGGCACAUACUGCGGUGAUUACUUCGGAAUUUUGAUGAAGGAGAGAGUGAGCGCUUUCCCGUUCAAUAUUUGUGAGAAUCCCAUGUACAGAGGUUCAACGUUAUCUUUUCUUGGGAUCUCACUGUUGCAAGGGAAAUCUGCGGGUUUGUUGAUAACUUUCUUCGUUCACAUGGUCUACGAAAUAGCUUUGAAGUUCGAAGAGCCGUUCACCAUGAAGAUUUACAGGAAUCCGAAGAAGGAUUAGAUUGUGAUAUAAGCAAGAAUGAUUUCCUGCCGAAAUCACAAUAGAGUUUUCAGAAAAUGGUGCAUAGAAAAUAAUAUUUGAAAGUAUUCGAUGGCAUGGGCUUUGAAAGAAAAAAUCUGAAGGCACUUCUGCCAUUACUUAUGCACCGACUUUAUUUAGUAAGUAGUAAUGCCAUUACAGUUUUAUAUAAAUAUCUAUCUCUAUAUUAUUAUGUGUGAAGAAUUUGUAAUCUUAUUCCUUUUCUCCGUUAUUUAGUUUCAUAAUUAAAUAAUACCGAAAACCAGUUUGUACAAAUUAAGCAAUACAAGAUAUAAAAUAUCCUUAAAUGGCUUUUGUUUUUUUUUCGAAUUACCGAAGAUUUAUAACCGAAUUUCGCAGCUUUUUUGAUCUGAGAAGCCGCGUUGUUUCAAAUAGUUAAAUUUGACUAGUCAAUGGUGUCGAUUCUGGCGUGAUUCUCUAAACUUAAAACUAAAUUUAACAUCAGUCUCUCUUUUUCAUUCUGUAUAGAGAAUGACAAGGAAACACUGUUGUCAAAUUUAAGUUUAGAUUUAGAGAAUCGUGCUAGAAUCGACACCAAUGUCACGUUAAAUACAUAGUAAAAGUGUCAAAUUUUGAUAAAUGGUCAUUUUUUUUCUGUAGUUUUUAAACUAUGUGAAUGAAAUAACACGGCUAUAAUCGUCUUUAACGUUAAAUGGAAUCGAAAAGACUGCCUACUUAUUUUGUACUAUGUGGGACGAAAUAUACUGAAAUUUGAUUUAAGACAACAAGACAUCAAUCAAAAACUAAUGUUAGUCAUAGUUUUAACCUAAUGUUGUCUCUGCCUUCUUUUUAGCAAGCAAAAGUGACAGCAUCAGUUUUAGUCCAGGUUUAACUUUAGUCUACGUGUUGUAAUAACGCGUUAAGUGUUUUUAUAUCCAACCGUAAGACGUACUAACGUGAUUUUUUAUUCAAUUGCUAUUGCAUACAAAGUGACAGAUCCGACUGUGAGUAAACUUUUGAAAUAAAUGAAUGUCUCUGAGCGCGAAAUAACCUAAUCUCUUAUAAACUUGCAAUUUACUUUAAAAUUAUUGAAUUUCACAUAAACUUAACACAGUACCUACUAAACUCAAUCAAACACACAAAAAAUAAUCUCCAAAUUAAGAUGUUCUUUUGUUAGGCUGAAGAAAGUUAAAUUUAUUAUUCACUUAAAAUCAAUAUAUUAUUAUCUGUUAUUGAAUAAAUACAACAUAAGUAUAAAGAACUUUGUAUUGGCAGCCACAGAUCAAAGUAAAAAAAAAACUCUAUUUUCAAUAAAAACUCUUCUUAGUUCGAGACUAAAAUAUAAAUUAAAAAAAAUAUAAAAGAGUAGGCACUAAGGAUGAGACAGGAUUAAGUAUCCAUAUCUUAAAGAAAACAAAAAAAAACAAACAACACGAUAAUCAUGCUAUUAUUGUGAAACAGAUUUACAAGAAUUAUAAGGAUUUAAAAUUUAAUUAGACUUUAAGAUUAAUAUUUUUUGCGUAUUCCAAGCAUAAAAGUUUCACUUUGGUAGAUUAUGAAUGACUAGUGGCCCGCCCUCGCUUCGCUUCGGUAUUUUAUCCCCUUGGGGGUAGAAAUGAUCAAAAUCCUUUCUUAGCGGAUGCCUACGUCAUAACAUCUACCUGCAUGCCAAAUUUCAGCCCGAUCCGUCCAGUGGUUUGGGCUGUGCGUUGAUAGAUCACUAUGUCUGUCAGUCACCUUUGAGUUUUAUAUAUAUAUAUAUAUAUAUAGAUAGAUAAAUUAAUGAGUGAAUUUGGAAAUUUCAAUUAAAACAUUUCAACCAUGAAACAUCCCCACUUUAACAUUUGCAUCAUUAAUAGGAUAAUCCUUAAUCUCAUUAGCGCUAAUUAGAUGAUUGUUAUAUCUCGAAGCAAUAACAAGAGCGGCCGGCGGCGGCGCAUGGUUACAGCAAAGGUCGAAAGGUCGUUGAUAACGCGCUUGGGUGAUGUUAGCCAUGUUUUGAUAAUAAUUUACUGCAGACAGAGUCCAUUCGGAUAAAGAAUAAUAAAUUCAUACACGCAAUGUGUUAAUCAUCAACGAAAUAGAUAAUGACAAAAGUUAUGAACAAAGACACAUUGAAAUAGCGCAAGUGUAUGUACUAUUCGUUUUUGAUGUUAAAGAAGCGUAUGGCCCACCUGAAGGUAUGUGGCCACCAUAGCCUGUAGAUGCUUCAUCAUCAUCAUCAGGAAUAGCGGGAUUGGGCCAUGACCCAACACGCGGGCCCAGUGCGGAUUGGCGGGAGCUAACGACUGCAGAUGCUGCCGGGUCCAACGGCUUAACGUACUUUCUGAAGCACGGAGGAACUCGAUAGAUAUAUAUUAAAGAGAUAUUUAGAGGUUUUUGGUCACCCAUUUAACUUCAACGAUAGUAGCCGAACGCGCUAGCCACCUGCCCCAUCGAGUUCAAGUGGGAUUCUUAAUACCGCAAUACAUUCCUUAAAAUAAUCUUAUAACGACAAAUAAAAACCAAAUUAAAGUUCAAUAUUUAAUUGGGGCACUAACGAAUAUAUUUCAGUGACUUCUGUUGUACCUUAAGGCAAUUGCAGAUUAUUUGAAUUACAUGUUAUAUAUGACUUUAAUUAUCUAUCAAGUCAUAGAGGAGCUCGAUGGCGCUGGUGGUUAGAGCGUUCGGCUGCGAUCGUUGAAGUUAAGCAACUUUCGCAGUGGUCGGUCAUUGGACGGGUGACUAAAAAUCUUCUAUCUCGAGUUCCUCCGUGCUUCGGAAGGCACGUUAAGCCGUUGGUCCCGGCUGCCUCUGCAGUCGUUAGCACCCACCAAUCCGCACUGGGCCCGCGUGGUGGGUCAAGGCCCAAUCUCCCUAUUCCAUCCAUAGGGAAGGCCUGUGCCCCAGCAGUGGGGACAUUAAUAGGCUGAUGAUGAUGAUGAUGAAGGCUGUAAAAACGAUACAAUUGAAACGGAAUCUCGGUGCCGAUGCUUUUCCACCACUUAAUUAGCUAUCGUUACAUCUACAGUCAUUAUUGCUCGCUCGCACAGAUUGUUUUUAUGCUAUAAUGCGCAAGCGGGGCGCUUCGUUGGUGCGGCGAGUGCGUGGGAGUGCCAAUAGCAUGCUAGAUGUGCUAGGAGACAGGCUGGACUGCCCAUAUAUUAACCACUGCUGUAGACUCCACAUUGCACACUGUGACAGAGCGCUUUAAUGACAUUGUGUUAUGUUUCUUUAGUUUUAUAAGUUUUAUUUAAUUUUAUUGACAUAUUAUGUAUUUUAAAUGUUGCAAUUCAAUUUUGAUUAUUAGUGACUGUUCAGAAAUAAUUUUAAUUUAAUAAAUCAAUAAUAAUAAAUAGUUAAUUAAUGUAUUAUGUAUAAUAUGAGUCUUUGUUACUUGAAAUAAAUAAAAUAAAUAAAUAAAAAAAAUUAGCACCCACCAAUCCGCACUGGGCCCGCGUGGUGGGUUAUGGCACAAUCUCCCUAUUCCAUCUAUAGGGAAGGCUUAUUGUGCCCCAGCAGUGGGGACAUUAAUGGGCUGACGAUGAUGAUGGUGAUGAAUUAGCUAUCAAACUAUAACAUGCUCGGUUUUCACACAACUUGACGCACAUCCUUCGUCUAUUUCAAUCUUAUUCUAUGGGUAUGAAUAAAUAAAUAAAUAAAUAUUUCCAGCACUCACACCAUUUAGUCUAGCCCCAAAGUAAGCACUGUAAGGCUUGUGUUAUGGGAUGCUAGGGUAACGGAUAGAAUACAUAUACAGUACAUAUAUGAGAAUAUUUAAAUAGAAAUAGAUAUUAAACAUCCAUGACUGGAGAACAAAUGCUCGUAUUCAUCACACAAACAUCUGCCCCCACCGGGAUUUGAACCCGGGACCUCUCGAGUCGGCGACACCAUGAAACCCGGCGUGCAAACCACUCGGCCACGGAGGUCGUCAUACACCUUAUACAAUCCAUCUUAGUCUAAUUCUGCUGUCUUCCAUCAAAUAUACUUAUUAUGUAAAUUUAUUACCAAUGUACCGCGUAAACAAGUUUAUUACCCACCUCAAGAUAUUGCACAUAUUGUGGAAUGCACAACCUACUUCUCAAAUUAACUAUAAAAUAUUUUAUUCUUGAAUUAUUAGGGGUUUAGGGUGGUAAGUAUGUUUCAUGCGUCAUAGCUUACCCAUAUACGACAUUCAUAGGGCGAAUGAGUAAUGAAAUGGAAAUGAAC